AUGGGUGUCUCUGCCCUGCAGAUUCAACACGAUGUGAUACUUUCUACCAUCAAGGACAUUACACAAGGCGAUUGGAAAGUCCUCGUUCUAGACGAAACGACUAAGAAGAUAAUAGACAAUGUGGUCAAGGAAGAUGACAUCCUCAACCAGAACAUUGCCAAUAUCGAGCAGAUCGAGGAGAAGAGGGAGAUGAACCCGACUAUGGAUGCGAUUUACAUCCUGUCUCCCCAGCCGCACAUUGUCGACUGUCUGCUGGCGGAUUUUGAUCGACGACGGUAUAAGAAGUCCUUCCUUGUGUGGAUCGAUCUUCUAGACCCCCAACUCCGCCGGCGGAUAGACUCCUCUCCCCAAGCCCAGCAGCAGCGGGCUGGCUACGAAACUUUGUAUAUAGACUUCUUUCCGCGGGAAUCACACUUAAUCACCUUCCGUGAUCCCUGGAGUUUCCCAAUAUUGUAUCACCCGGCAUGCAAUCACCUAGUGCGAGAGCACAUGCAGAACUUGGCGCAAAAGGUAGGUGUUGAAACCGGCUCAUGGAAACCGUAUGUUGUGUACUAA